GCCACGUGGGUGCAUCGCCCUGAAACCCGGCGGCCGAGCAUCCCCCAGGCCGCGCGGUUCCGCGGGCCGCCGCGCUCCCCGGUGCCUUUAAGCGGUGGCGGUGGCCGUUCUCGCACGCCGCUGACAUCAGUGCGGCGUCCCCAGGCUGCGCAUCCCGGCCUGCGCCAGCAGCGCCAUGGCGGCCAGCCCGGCCUACGGCGAGGAGAAGGGGGGGUCCUCCAGCCUGGGGGAGCCCGAGUACGGCCACGACCCCGCCAGCGGCGGCAUCUUCGCCUCCGACUACAAGAGGCAUGAUGACCUCAAGGAGAUGCUGGACAGCAACAAGGACUCACUCAAGCUGGAGGCUAUGAAGAGGAUCGUGGCGAUGAUCGCCCGGGGCAAAAAUGCCUCCGACCUCUUUCCAGCCGUAGUGAAGAAUGUCGCCUGCAAGAACAUUGAGGUGAAGAAGCUGGUAUAUGUGUACCUGGUGCGCUACGCAGAGGAGCAGCAGGAUCUAGCCCUGCUCUCCAUCUCCACCUUCCAGCGGGGCCUCAAGGACCCCAACCAGCUGAUCCGUGCCAGUGCUCUGCGCGUCCUCUCCAGCAUCCGUGUGCCCAUCAUCGUGCCCAUCAUGAUGCUGGCCAUCAAAGAAGCUGCAUCAGACAUGUCCCCAUAUGUGCGGAAGACAGCUGCCCAUGCCAUCCCAAAGCUCUAUAGUCUUGACUCAGACCAGAAGGAUCAGCUCAUCGAAGUCAUUGAGAAGCUGCUGGCAGACAAGACCACGCUGGUGGCCGGCAGCGUGGUGAUGGCAUUUGAGGAGGUCUGCCCGGAGCGCAUCGACCUCAUUCACAAGAACUACCGCAAGCUCUGCAACCUGCUCAUUGAUGUGGAGGAAUGGGGCCAGGUGGUGAUCAUCAACAUGCUGACCCGCUAUGCACGCACCCAGUUCCUCAGUCCCAACCAGAACGAAUCCCUACUAGAGGAGAGUGCAGAGAAGGCUUUUUACGGCUCCGAGGAAGAGGAUACCAAGGAUGCCAAGGCAGAGGCAGCUUCGUUGGCCAAGCGCAAACCCUACGUCAUGGACCCCGACCACCGCCUGCUGCUGCGCAACACCAAACCCCUUCUGCAGAGCCGCAAUGCUGCAGUGGUGAUGGCUGUGGCACAGCUCUACUUCCACCUGGCACCUAAGGCAGAGGUUGGCGUCAUUGCCAAGGCACUGGUGCGGCUCCUGCGGAGUCACAGCGAGGUGCAGUAUGUUGUGCUGCAGAAUGUGGCCACCAUGUCCAUCAAACGGCGGGGAAUGUUUGAGCCUUACCUCAAGAGCUUCUACAUCCGCUCCACGGACCCCACACAGAUCAAGAUCCUCAAGCUGGAGGUGCUCACCAACCUGGCCAAUGAGACCAACAUCUCCACCAUCCUGAGGGAGUUUCAGACCUAUAUCCGCAGCAUGGACAAGGAUUUUGUGGCAGCCACCAUCCAAGCCAUUGGGCGCUGUGCCACCAACAUCGGCAAGGUGCGGGACACCUGCCUCAAUGGUCUGGUCCAGCUCCUCUCCAACCGGGAUGAGCUGGUGGUGGCUGAGUCCGUGGUUGUCAUCAAGAAGCUGCUGCAGAUGCAGCCAGCUCAGCACAGUGAGAUCAUCAAGCACAUGGCCAAGCUCACCGAUAACAUCCAGGUGCCGAUGGCGCGGGCAAGCAUCCUGUGGCUGAUCGGAGAGUACUGUGAGCACGUGCCCAAGAUCGCACCUGACGUGCUGCGCAAGAUGGCUAAAUCUUUCACUAAUGAGGAAGACAUCGUUAAGCUGCAGGUCAUCAACCUCGCGGCCAAGCUCUAUCUGACUAACUCCAAACAGAGCAAGCUGCUGACCCAGUACGUGCUCAACUUGGCCAAGUACGAUCAAAAUUACGACAUCCGUGACCGUGCUCGCUUCAUCCGCCAGCUCAUUGUGCCCACCGAGAAGAGUGGGGCCCUCAACAAAUAUGCCAAGAAGCUCUUCCUGGCUCAGAAACCCGCUCCCAUCCUGGAGUCCUCUUUCAAAGACCGGGACCAUUUCCAGCUGGGAUCCCUGUCCCAUCUGCUCAAUGCCAAGGCUGUUGGGUACCAGGAGCUGCCAGACUGGCCAGAUGAGGCUCCAGACCCCUCUGUGAGGAAUGUGGAGGUUCCUGAGUGGACCAAGUGCACCAGCCGGGAGAAAAGGAAGGAGAAGGUGGAAAAACCUUUCUACUCUGACUCAGAGGGGGAGUCGGGGCCCACAGAAUCAGCAGAUAGUGAACCUGAGUCCGACAGUGAGGAGAGUGGCAGCAGCAGCAGCUCUGGCACCUCCAGCUCCAGCAGCGACGAGGAGGAUGAGGAGGAGGAGGAGGAGGAAGAGGAAGGCAGCGGGGAGCAGUCAGAGGACAAGGAAGGGGAGGAGGAGGAGGAGAAGAGGAAGAAGAGGAAGGAGAAGGGAGGCCCCCGGAAGGCAUCCCCAGGGAGCGUGGGCAGUGAGGAGGAGGAGGCUGAGGGAAAAAAGGUGAAAAAGGCUGCAAGGCCACAGGGGAAGAAAAGUCGUGCUGAGACCUCAUCAGAGGAGGCCAGCGCCUCUGAGAGCAGCUCCUCGGGAUCAGACUCUGGCACUGAGGCACCAACCGUGGUGGAGGCCAAGAGGAGGAAGACGGCCCCUAGCAGCAAGGCCGGCCCCAAGGAGAUUUCCCUGCUCGACCUGGAUGAUUUCACCCCCCCACCUCCCCAGCCUGUCCCCUCUAGCAGCAUCAUCUCCACCAGCCUGGUGACUGACCUGGAGGGCCUCACGCUUACCGACACCUCCUUGGCACCUGCCCUGCUGAGCCCAGCGUUUGGUGCGGUGAGGACAUAUGAGCUGCUGCACCGCAUGGCGGGCGAGGGGCUCUCAGUCGAGUACUGCUUCAGCCGCCGUCCCUUCCCGGGAGACCCGCACAUGGUGGCUGUCCAGAUCCAGAUCUCCAAUAACACCGACGCCGAGGUGAAGAGCCUGCGGGUCAGCGAGCCCAAGCUGCUUGCGGGCAUGCGGAUCCAGGAGUUCCCUGAGAUUGAGAGCCUGGCACCCGGGGACACAGCCAGCGUGGUGAUGGGCAUUGACUUCUGUGACUCCACCCAGACAGCCAACUUCCAGCUGUGCACCCACACGCGCCACUUCUACGUCUCCAUUCAGCCACCGGUUGGGGAGCUGAUGGCCCCUGUCUUCAUGAGCGAGAACGAGUUCAGGAAGGAGCAGGAGCACCUUGCGCGGCGGGGUGAGGGGAAGCUGACGGGCAUGAGUGAGAUCACAGAGAAGCUGACACUGCCUGAGAAGUGCCGGAGCGACCACGCCAUCGUCCAGCAAGUGACCUCGGCUGCCAACGUGGGACGUGUGCCCUGUGGAGCUGACAACGAGUACAGGUUUGCGGCCAAGACGGUGACCAGCGGGAGCCUGGUGCUCAUCACCCUGGAGUGGCGGGAGGGAGCGGCGGCCCAGCUGACCGUCAACAGUGAGAAGAUGGUCAUCGGCACCAUGUUGGUGAAGGACAUCAUCCAGGCCCUGGCGCAGUGACGGCCGGCCCCUCUGCACUCCUCCACCCCUCUGCCCCGCGUUGCUGUCCCCAGAUCCUCUUGUCCCUAUUACAGGGCUAUUCCCUGCCCCAGCCUCCAUGGAGCGGGUCAGGAUGAUGUCCCUCAGUGGAGAUGCAGUGGCUCCUACCACCCGUCUCUCACCAGUCGCCCCGUGUAACUCUAUUUAUUAUGGCCAAUAAAGCUCUCCUCCAGCCCGCA